AUGUCGCUCCGUGAUAUGGGCAAUGAACAUUUCAAGGCCGGCAUGUACAAGGAAGCCGAGCAACUAUACACUCAAGCAAUUGCAGAGCAUUCUCGUUCCGACCCCAAAGUCUUCUCUAAUCGAUCCCUCACUCGCAUAAAACUGCAAGACUGGCCCGGCGCCGAGUCAGACGCUCGCAAGGCCAUUGAACUCUACGGCACCAAAAAUGCGACCACUGCCAUGAAAUCCCACUAUUACCUUGCCCAGGCCCUUCUACAACAGCGACAUACUGCCGAAGCUUUGGUCCAGGCAAAAUAUGCAUAUUCAGUCUGUCUUGAAAAUAAGGACUCAAGCGCCGAGUUGAUCAGUCAGUUCAUCCUGAAGGCAAAACAGGCGGCAUGGAAGGCCAGGGAGGAUGCGCGCUUGCGAGAUAUGAAUGAAACACUAGCUCUGGUGGAAGAUCUCCUCAACCAGCAGUUGAAGAGAGACCUGGCUGCCGUGGAAGAAAGAUUUCAGCAGGGAGAAAUCGGCGAGACAGGCCGGAAUGAAGAGCGAGCGGAAUUAGAGGAAGAAGCAGAGAACAGGAGAGCAAACAUUCGGAGGGGCUUUCAGGAUCCCGCCAAUCCUGAUACAACAGAACGGGUUGUUCCUGAUUGGUUGAUUGAUCCCAUCACGUUCGAAAUCAUGCAUGAUCCUAUCGUCACGCCUACUGGUGUCUCAUACGAACGUGUCAGUCUUCUAAAGCAUAUCAAAGCUUCCGGAUGUGAUCCCAUAACCCGUGCACCUCUUCGAUCAGAUCAAUUGAUUCCCAACGUCGCCUUAAAAAAUGCCGCUUCCGAGUUUCUCGACAACAACGGCUGGGCCGUGGAUUGGUGA